AUGGCGUCUUCUUCUUCGUCUUUCUUUCCUUCUUCGUCUUCUUCAUCAAAGACGAAGAAACCCACUAAUCUUUCUCAAUUCCGAGCAACCCUUUUCCAGAAAGCUUCUUCUCUGAAGGCCAAGAGCUUAGCUAGUCGACAAGAGACUGUCUUCAAGAAAGCAGAGGAGCUUUCGAUUCUCUGUGGAGUCGAAGUCUGCGUGAUCUACUACGGAUCAGACGGGGAGCUUAAAACAUGGCCUAGGGAAAGAGAGAAGGUCGAAGACAUUGCUUUAAGGUACAUUCAGUUAAGCGAUGAGAAGCGAGAGGUUAAACGAUAUGAUCUUGAGAAGUUUCUUAAGAAGAUCAACAAAGAUGAUUCCAAGAAGAAGAACAAGAACAAGAACAAGAAAGUGAAACUUGGAUCAAAUCACAAGUAUCCGGAUUGGGAUCCGAGGUUUGAUAAUUAUUCAGUAGAGCAACUCACGGAGCUGAUUCAAUCCUUGGAACGCAAGCAACCGGAAAUACAGAAUAGACUUCGAGCAGUUGUUGAGUCUCAGAGGAAUGUUCAUUACAUGAACAUGCCUAAUCAAGAACCGAUGCAGAUGAAUCAUCUUCAACAGCAACUACUCCCUAACCAAGCUCAAUCUCUAGCUCCCAUUCCAAAUUCACUGACGGUGUAUCAGCAUCCGAAUAUGGAUAUGUACUCGAGGUUGCUUGGUGGACAAGAAACUGGAAUGAAUGAGUUUCUUGGCACGAACUUGUUACCCUACAACAGCUUCAACAGCUUCAACAGCAACUGUGCUACUAUGUUUUCAAACCAGUUUAAUCAGAACUGUUCCAAGGUUGAGGAUUACUCUGUGUUUCCUCAAGGAAGUGGGUUCAACAACGUGAACGUGGAAGAUUAUUCCGGGUUACGUUGGGCGCAAGGAACUAACGGGUUGCAGAAUAUGGACAUGUACGGCUACAACAAUAGCAACAAUGGUUUCUCGCAUCAGUAUGAGAUUUAAUCUCUCGCAUUAUAUAACUUAGG